GCUCGCUCGUUAUCUUUCCAAACCACUCUGCUCGAGUCGAAGGGCACUUAAGAUCUGCGUUAGCAGUCAGAGGCCGGAUGGUGAAAUCCAACCUCCAGCGGAUACUGAACAGUCACUGUUUUGUCAGAGAAAAAGAAGGAAAUAAAACCAGGAUGCCUUUGAUUAGUUUCUCCAGUAAAAUCAACGAUAGUGAAAGUUCCAGGGUCUCCUUCAAUUGCAGUAGUAACCUGGGUCCCGGGCCUCUGUGGUGCUCCGAUGUCCCUCACCCACCCCUGAAGAUCCCAGGUGGGCGAGGGAAUAGUCAACGGGAUCACAAUCUUUCAGCUAACUUAUUUUAUUCGGAUAAUCGACUGGUGAUAACCGAAGAUUUAGCUUCCACCAGCAAGACUAAAAUCCUUCACAUUCAGUCCAGGCUCACUGACUCCAAGCAGGUCAGUUGGAGGGCAAUGCUCAGCAAUGCAAACAUGUACGUGGAGAUCGUCCCUGGUGCCCUCCCUGAAGGAAGCAAAGAUAGUUUUGCCCUUCUACUUGAGUUUGCUGAGGAACAUUUACAAGUGAACAAUGUGUUCAUCUGUUUUCACAAGAAUCGGGAUGACAGAGCGGCACUUCUUCGAACAUUCAGUUUUCUGGGCUUUGAGAUUGUGAGACCGGGUCAUCCCCUUGUCCCGAAAAGACCAGAUGCUUUCUUCAUGGCUUAUGCGAUUGAGAGAGAUUCCUUGGAUGAAGAAUAAACCUUCCCUUCCUUUGCUGUUUUUUGGAUAGCUUGUAGAUUUUUUUGAUUUCUGUUCAUUCACUCCUCUGUUAGGAGCCAUAUUAUCACUCUGCUGAAUCUUGUUUGCCUCCCCCACCCCCCCUUACUCUGCAAAGCUGAUUCUUUACCAAUUAAAAGGAUGUGAGGGGAGAGAAGAACCUUAACUCAGUUUUCUGGCGUUUCAUUUGCCAUUCCAUGGUCGGCAUGUUGAUUGUGUUCAAAAGUACACAGCUUAUCCUAAGACUGAAUUUUGCAUAAUUCGUACAUAUUUGUUUUUAAUUUUUGUUUUGAAUAAAAUUGUUUGGUAUUCUCACCAUUAAGGUA